AUGCGUGCCUUUCCGCCAAUAUUUAUCAGCCUAUGCCUCUCAGUCUUGGCAGCUGCCUCCGACGAAGAUGUUGUUUCGUUCCCCGCCAUCGGCGAAGUCGACAUCGUGUUUCCUCGGGAAGAUACAUACGCUGUCGAAGCACCAUUCCCUGUCAUCUUCGGCCUUCAAAACGCCCCAGUCUUGACGACCUUCAGCGGCACGCUCAACUGGGAACUUAACUGUGCAUAUACACUAUUCGGCGUCGGUCGACUAUACUUAGACUUUCUACCAGACUCAGAACCAUAUUACUUUCUCAACACGAGCAAAGCAAUCACCGAUGCUGACGAGGGUGAUCAGUUUCAGUACUGGCGUGGCGAAGAAGACUCUUGUAUCCUCAAGUGGGAUCUGCGCUGGACCACUGUCUGCAAGCCACGUAAAGAUGGCAGUCUUCUCUUGAAGAACAAUCAGUUUGAAAGAGCUGGGAACGUAUCCUUUACUCUUCGCCCUGGCGCAAAGACGGCACGUAAGGCUAUCGCCGAGUACGACGGCUGCGCUAUUGGUGGCACUGCGGUCAAGGUGGAACGCAAUCAUACAGUUGGUUGUCCCAUUCUUGCCGAAGACGCCUCGCCGAAACCGAAGCCUUGUGGUUUGGAUGUUAAAAAGGCCCGCAGUAGUCUUGCUGAGGCUGUUGUGAAACCUACCACGAGUUUGACCUCGAUACCCAGCAAAACAACCGAUGCAGGUGUGGAUGCAACAGUAAAAUAUACCACUCCUCCCGGUUUCACCCAAACCCUCUCUGAUGCCGUUCACUACUCCCAAGCCGUAGAUCUCGGCAACGGCCACUUCAAAGUCUCAGGCCAAGGCGGCUGGAAUUCCAUGGGCGAAAUACCCACCAACAUCAACAAGGAAACUGAACAGACAAUUCAAAACGUUGAUGAUGUUCUCCAAGCAGCUGGUCUUCGUGGAUGGGAAGACGUCUACUACAUACGCAGCUAUCAUACCGAUAUUGACGCCACACUGUCUCCUCUAGCUGAGGCCCUCAAGAAGCGAAUUCCUAAUAAUAGACCUGGAGGUGUUGUAUUGGGCGUUGCGAAGUUGGCUCUACCGGGUAUGAGGCUGGAAAUCGAGGUUGAUGCUAGGAGUUCGAACGCAAGGGGGCCGUCAGCGAAGAUCUAA